AUGGCGGAGCCUGUUACUCCUCCGCAGCUGGAUCUUCGCUCAAAGACUGUCGUAGUAACCGGAGGUGCAAAUGGAAUUGGUGCACAAACCGUACGAGAAUACUACGCUCGAGGGGCGAACGUAGUGGUUGCAGACUUGCCAAGUUCCCGCACGGCGGCCGAAACCUUGAUAUUCUCAUUUGCUGAGCCUGCGAGAGCGCUUUUCAUCCCAACAAACAUCGUCGUAUGGGACGACAUGAAAAGCCUCUUCAAAGCCACGGUUGAAAAUUUUGGUCCAGUGCACAUCGUUGUUGCCAAUGCUGGAAUGAUGGAGAGCCAGGGUUUCUACGACAUGGAGCUGGACGAGCAUGGAGAGUUGAAAGAGCCAAUUGAGUCCUACAGAGUGAUAGACGUAAACCUGAAAGGGACAAUGAACACAUUGCGCCUUGCGAUGCAUCAUAUGUCGACAAACCCGGAGGAUUCCAUAGGUCAAUCGCGUGGCUCUGUAGUCCUCGUCGCAUCAACUUCAGGCUACUUUGGGGGUAGCGGAGUUGUUUCGUACGUGGCCUCGAAGCAUGGAGUGAUCGGCCUCUUGCGUUCGUCCCAGAUCGCGGCAGCCCGUUACAAUGUCCGAGUUAAUGGCGUGGCGCCGUUCUUCACGCCGACUCAUAUCACCAGCAGCUACUCCGAGCGAUGGAGAGCCAGCGGGCUGCCAGCAAACACCGUAGAAGAUGUAGCAUUGGCCAUACUGCAGACUUCUCUUGAUCCGCUGAUGAGGGGUCGCUGCUGUCUGGCAGCCGGGAAGCGGACGAAUGAGAUAGAGGCUGCGAGAACGGCGCUGCUGCCAAUGUGGGUAGGAGAAGAAAUGGCGAACAUUCUGGCCGAGGGUGGGAGAUUCUUUGAUAAGAUUGGCGGGUAUCCUUUGCCAAAGAUUAGGCCGUCAUGA